GGCUGGGCCAUGAAUGAAAUAUGUAAUAAGGUAACCCACCCACCACGCAGCGAAAGUUUUGACCUAGACGCCGGAACCGAUGUUAUUCCCUGAACGAUCGAAAUGUUUAGAAUGCCGACAACGAGCUAAUGGAGGUGGGCUGAUAGCGUUAGAAAUUAGCUCCAUGAUGUUUGGAUCUGGAGGGAUUACUGCUGUUCAUAGUUAUGUGGUCUCCGUCCGGUUUGGUUCAUGACAAAGUCAAAGCAAAGCUUGGGGUGAGCAAGAGUCGGGGCGGUCCACGACCCGACACCCUUAAUACAAACAAUGUACAGACAGCUUUCCAUGCGACUCAUCCUCAUAUGGUCGGCUUCGGGUUUGACCCAACAUUUGCCAAGCCUCCCUAGUCACACAACAGGUGAAAGUCAUUCACUAAUGUUGACUGAGGAAAGCACAGAAGUUAUUAUUAAGAGAAGAUCUUAUUCGAUGUCCGCUGACACAUUUGGCAUUGAAAGCAAUGCAGUUAAUGAAAGAGUUCCAGAUCAUCCAGAGUUGCUAGAAGUCUGGUGGGCCGGGUGGGGUAACUACUGUUUACCAAUCCCUGAGAUUGUAAGAAUAUUCUCUCCCGAAGAGGAAGUGCCGGCGUUGGUUGAUGAUUUUGUACUUACACCGUUGAGAACGAUUCGGCUCAAUAGACACGUAUUACAGUACAUGUGGGCGCAUGGUUUUCCCCUAUCGGCUGCUGUAUUUUCUGUAGAAGCUCAUGUUCAAGAGAAUGCACAAGAUUGCGAUGGAUUACUAGAACGUUUCUGGUAUUGUCUGUGCGGUAUGAUUAGCCAGGUCAACGUAGUCUCUGAACCGCACGAUCAGCCAGAAUCAAGUGAUGUUCAAGAUCAGCAGCCAUUUGUGAGCUUGGGAGAUAAAGACAUCGUAUGCUCAAGUGCAGCUUACACAAGUUCAUCACAAUCCCAUGGUGUUGGCCCUUCAAUGCUUGAUAGCCAAGACUUUUCGCUUCGAGCUUUUUGUACUGUGUUUCAAGAUACGACAGCAAGGGUUAAUGCCUGCCAUUUCUCCUCGGAUGGCAAAUUUUUAGCUUAUGGCGGAGCAAGAGCACCGCUGUCGAUCUGGAGUGUUGAAACACGUAGCCACAUUGCUACCGCUAUGCAUCAUCUGCCUGGUAACAUCGUCGACAUCCGUUUCCAACCGAAAUCUUAUGUUUUUGCAGCGGCUUUUUCUGACGUUGUUAUCCACUGCUUCAAUACAACUAGUGUUAGGGAACCUCUAUAUGGUCUUAGAGGUCAUUCUGUUUCAGUUACGACCGUGGAUUUUAUGCCUGGAAAUCCAAAUGUCUUAUGCUCCGGUGACGUCAAAGGUAAUCUACUUUUAUGGGACAUGGGACGGAGAACCCGCAUUUGCUCAUCCGAGGUCGGAAAGGGCAUAAUAAAACAACUCAGAUUCCAACCGAACAGCCAUCUGUUAGCUGUUGCCUUUGGAAAAAACGUUGUGGUUGUGUUUGUUCAAUCUGGCAAGAUUGAUGCAACCAGUAAACGCAUUUUAGGGGGACAUGAUGACACCAUAAAAUCUAUUGCUUGGGACCCUACUGGCAGAUUUCUGGCUUCUAUUUGCCAGCGAAAUGCUCGGAUUUGGACAUCAACAACGGAUGCUUGGAUGUGUGGUUACCAAUUGGAUUCCGAAGGCCACGUGUUUGAGUCAUGUGUGUUCCAUAGUACCCGCCCUCAGUUGUUGAUUGGCUCCUACACGCAUGUUCACAUGUGGGAUUUCGCUCGUCGCAGUAAACGGAUUUUCGCGAUGCCUACUAGCGGUUUUAUCUCAUCACUGGCUUGUUCCUCGGAAGCCGGAUUGAUUGCAACUACAAGUCGAUCAGGUGAUGUGAAAUUGUGGAAAACAGAAUAGAACUUGGAGCGUACUGUUAUAGAAAUUGGUAUAGACCUUGGAGCGUUUUCUGAAAGGGGUUGGGAUGCGUAUUGAAUAUUGAGAAUGGUAAUCUUUUCUGCAUUUAUUGCAGUGUUUACUUUCUAGAUAUCAUCUUGUUUGCCUAUCAUAUAUUUGAUAUUUUUUUAA